AUGGUGGCGGUGUUGAUUGUUGUUCAAUGGUGGUUUUAUGGCAAUGGAACUGGUGAUAAUGAGGGUAUGAUUAUGGUUGGAUCGACGGUUGUAGUGAGAGGUGGGUUGUCGAGAAGUCGUGGUUUCUGUAAUUGGGUUGUUUUAGUUUACAAUCAAAACAAUGAAAUCGUAUUUGCUGCAAAUGAAAAUUCCAAGAACACUGAUGAACAAAUUAAAGCAGAGAAGAAUGGGAGAAGUCGCUACCACUCCUCCAAAAAUUUCUCCACCUACAUUCGGUGUCUCUGCAAGGCAUCCGAUGCUAUGUGGUGGUGGUGGGGGGAAGGGUAUGUUGGUUGUUUAGUGGUGGUGCUGAGGGUUUGUUGGGUGUUCAGUAGUGGUGGUUUGUUGGAGUGUUCGGGUGCGGAUGUAAGUGAGUGUUGUGGACUUGUUGCAAUGGUGGCGGUGUUGAUUGUUGUUCAAUGGUGGUUUUAUGGCAAUGGAACUGGUGAUAAUGAGGGUAUGAUUAUGGUUGGAUCGACGGUUGUAGUGAGAGGUGGGUUGUCGAGAAGUCGUGGUUUCUGUAAUUGGGUUGUUUUAGUUUACAAUCAAAACAAUGAAAUCGUAUUUGCUGCAAAUGAAAAUUCCAAGAACACUGAUGAACAAAUUAAAGCAGAGAAGAAUGGGAGAAGGUGUGCCUGCAACUAA